AUGCAGGGCUGGGCGGUAAGGAGUGGGGCUCUUCUGGGCCUGCUCCUGGUCUGUCUGCAUCUCCCAGGCUUCUUAGCACGGAGCAUUGGUACAAAGGAGGAGACCGACUUGCCUCUUCUGGAACACCCUUCCUUCACCAGCUCAUUCAACUCUGGACAGCCUCAGCCCAAGGCAGACCCUGGGCCUAAUGCUUUGGUGGGGGCUGCUCCAACAUUCAAUGGCCCUCCACCGGAUGCCCCUCUACCUCCAGAAAGUUCUGGGGUGCAGAAUUGGCCUCCGUCUUGGGGGCUGCCUGAUGUGGAGUACUGGCCCUCUGAAUAUCCUUGGCAAAUGAUGGCUGCAGAAGCUGAGAAUUCCCUGGAGCAAGCGAUGCCCGAAGGCCUGCCUUACCUUUCCGGUGGGGAUGCUGUCCCUCUGGCCACUGGUCCUUUACCUGAAGCAUCCUCUGCACUCCCAGAGCAGCCGUCUGACGCUUCAUACCGCCGGGACCCACAGCCUCGACGGCUGCUCCAUCCCCGCCUGCUGGGACCGAGGCGCCCACCCUGGCUUCCCAUCCACAGGCCUGGUUUCCCCUUGGGGACCUGGAACCCCAGUGUGGCCUGGGGAGGUGGUGGUCGUGGGACCGGAUGGGGAACAAGGCCUAUGCCUUACCCUUCAGGAGCCUGGGGGAUUAAUAACCGGUUCCCAGGUACCGGCGGGGGGAUUAUCAAUCGGUACCCAGUAGGAAGCUGGGGGAAUGUUAAUCCAUACCCUGGAGGGAGUUGGGGGAUUAAUAGUAGAUAUCCAGGUACUGGCUGGGAGAUUAGUCCUCUGAAGCCAGGCAUCAAUAAUCAAUUCCCUCCCAAAGUCCCUCGUCCUUCUGGCUCUCCUCAUCCUUGA